ACCUUCGCAGUUAUCCGCGGGUAUAAAAACCAGCAGCAGAGAGACCGACGCAGCUUCAGACGGUCUGGAGUCUCAGGAAACAAACAGAGUUUUUUGUCUCAUCAUUGCCUGCUGGCCCUGUGAGAGUCAGAGAGGAUGUUAAUGAUGAUGAUGAUGAUGAAGAAGAAGGGGUCCAAGAUCCUCGCCGUGGUGGCUUUAAUUCUGGCUUCAGUCAACUGUCUUGUUCCUCCAUCAAAAGAAGAUCUUAACCAGAUCUCCAUCCAGGGGGAGAAGUUUCUGGAUAAACAGAUCGAGACCGCCGUGAACGGAGUGAAGGAGAUGAAGAGCGUGAUGCAGACAUCUUCAGAGGAGCAUCAGAAGUUUUUGGAUGCCCUGGAGAAGACCAAGGACCUAAAAGAGGAGGCGAUGCGCUCGGCUCAGGAAAUGGAGGCCAAGCUGGAGCAGGAGGAGGAGGUCUGUAACGACACCAUGAGGGCUCUGUGGGAGGAGUGCAAGCCCUGCCUGAAGAACACCUGUGUCAAAUACUACUCUCGUACCUGCAGCAGUGGGUCUGGACUGGUGGGGCGCCAGCUGGAGGGGGUGCUGAACAGAACGUCCCCCUUCUCCAUCUGGAUCAACGGGGAGAACAUGGACGUGCUGCAGCAGGAGGGACAGCGGCAGAGCCAAGAGUUCACCAACCUGGAGGAGAAAUACUCCGAGAUGGCCCACGGUGUCAACAGCAUCUUUUCAAACAGCAUGAAAGUGGCUGACCAUCUGCACUUCAACCCUCCAUCGUUCUUUUUCUCUGAUUUCCUGGGACCGUUCACUCGUCGGAGCAGAAGCAUUCGCUCGCUCUUCAGAGAUCCGUUCCACGGCUUCCAGGAUUUGUUCUCCCCGAUGAUUGGCAUGAGCAGAAACAUCUUCAGCUCUAUGGGCUCCAUGGUGGACAUGGACUCAGACACAGCUCCCAGUGAAGACGGCAGCCUGAACGAGGACGUGGUCAUCACAAAACCUUUUGGCGACGGCUCGAUGACCUGCAGGGAGAUCCGCCGCAACUCAGCCGGCUGCAUCAAGUUCAGAGAAGAGUGUCAGAAGUGCAAAGACAUCCAGCAGAUGGACUGCUCCGGGAGGAAGCCUCUGGAAGGCCCUCUGAAGGCGGAGCUGGAGGAGGCGCUGGCCCUGGCCGAGCGGUUCACUCAGCAGUACAACCUCCUCCUGAAGAGGUUCGAGGAGAAGAUGCUCAACACCUCCUCCGUCCUCGACAUGCUCAACAGAGAGUUCGGCUGGGUGUCCUCUCUGGCCAACAUCACCGACGUCUUCCAGGUUCAGACGGUGACGACGGGCAGUGACGCUGAAGAGAAGCAGAAGCCGGCAGAAACGAGCGUGUCCGUGCAGCUCUUCGACGCUCCGGCCAUGAACGUCAGCGUGCCGGGGGACAUUCCCUGGAGCGACCCCAAGUUCUCCGAGGUCGUGGCCCAGGAGGCUCUGGACCGCUACAGGGAGAGCAGCAUUAUGGUCAAAUAAAGUCCCAAACCUGCGCUGCCUGCUGACAGGAGAAUGUUCUGGACUCAUCACCAGAAACCCUGCACAUAAACACACCUGGGAAAUAAACCUGAAUCCCCUGCACUGACUCUCUAAGUCCUGCUUUAGCCAACAACUCAGUUGAACCUCAGAGAUGUAUAUUGUACCCUUAGAGCUCUUUGUCCUGCGGUCAGAGAAGAUAUUCAGUAGAUGUAGAUAACAAUAAAAGGCUGUAUAUCAUGUGAGCUUGGCUUUGCAAAAAAGAGGCUUUUUCUGCUUGAGUUUCAGUUUAAAGAAAUCUGCACUCAGCUUUUCUUAUAUGUAAAGAUGAAUUAACUGAUAUUUCCUCCAAUCACAUUUCAGUAAAACAAGGAUUGGUUUGUUGCUAAUAUUUGUAGAAGAUGUUAAGUAAGUUUAGAGUGAGUUAAAGUUGUGUCAGUGACUUUAUUUACCCGAUGCACCGUCCUACAGAUCUCUGAUAGCUACUGUCGGAGUUGGUGGAAGUGGUUCAUUCUCUGGAGCUAAACUCACUGAUUAGAGUUUGUGUUUGUGAUUGCUUUAAGUCCCUCUGUACAACAGCCCCGCAAAGAAGGAUACAAGAGAGAUGUAAUAAACCUGCUCAAACCCAA